AGCUAGUUUGCGCGGUGACAUCAGCGCGUCGUGCGGCCCUGGGCGACGGCAGGAGCUGCGGCCUACAGUCACCCCGCCCGCCGAGGCUGGAGAUCAGGGGGCGCCGACUGGACAAAGGCGUCGUGUUUAAACGGAGAUAGCGCGGAGCGAGAGGCGAGGCGGCCAUGCCGAACUUCUGCGCGGCGCCCAAUUGCAGCAGGAAGAGCACCAACUGCCCCGAGAUCCCUUUCUUCAGGUUCCCCAAAGACCCGACCAGGUGCCAGAAAUGGGUGGAGAACUGUCGGAGAGCAGAUCUAGAAAACCGUUCCGCAGAACAGCUUCACAAACAGUACAGGCUGUGUGCGAGACACUUCGAACAGUCUCUAAUAUGCACCAAUAGCCCUUACAGAACAGUCCUCAAGGAUAAUGCUGUGCCAACCUUGUUUGACUUGACAAGUCAUCUCAAUAAACCUGAAGGCAAACACAGAAAGCAUAAGAUGAUAAAAGAGCUGACUGAGGAAGAUCUGUUGAGGGUGAAGGCACCAAGAACUGAUGGUGAUGUCUUGAGAGGACUACAAUGCAAGCAGGAGUCGGCCAACGAACUGGAGAAAUCUGCUCUGGAGGGUGCGACAGAAGGCCUUGAGGGAUCUACUCUUCUGCAAGAGUCUUUGAGCCUGACGCCUGAAGAGAAAGGGAAUAAAGAAUUUCUCAAAGUUUUAUUUGAAACUCUACUGCUGUUGGGGCGGCAAAACGUUCCCCUGGGAGGAUCUGGCACUGAAAACGUGAGUCAUUUGUGCAAUUCUCCAGAUAACAUCCAAGCGCUGCUGGAAUUCAGAAUGAAUGCAGGCGACGAGAUCCUACGGAAGAGGUUUGAGACGACUGCAGUGAACGCAGUGUAUUGCCCAAAGUCCUUGCAGAAGGACCUCUUGGACAUCUGUGAGAUGUGCAUUCGGGAGGAGGUCCUGAGAGAAGUCCGCGACAGCAACUUCUUCUCAAUCAUAACCGAUGAGGUGAUCAACAUAGCUGGGGUUGACAACGUCUCUCUGCUCAUUAGGUUUGUAGAUGAAUCCGACUCCCUGAGGCAAGAGUUUGUUGGGUUCAUACCCUGUGAGCUAGACGGGGUGUUUUUAGCAAGUCGGAUGCAUGAAACCCUCACGGAGAAAUGGGGGCUGAAUAUGUACUAUUGUCGCGGACAAGCUUACAGCGGCUCUGGGACUAUGUCUUACAAGAAGCAAGUGGUCUCGGCAAGCAUCCUACAACAUUGUCCAAAGGCAUUGUGCACCCCCUGCUCCUCGUACCCACUGAAUAUAUGGAUGGCAAAGUCCAGCUUGAUUUUUGGUAUCAACAUGUUGCUGAACGUGAUGGAGAACAUAGUGUCGUUUUUCAGUCUAUCAUCCCAGCUCCAGAAGGUUUUUGAAGUCACCGUCGAUGGCGCCUUCCAAACGAACGAGGAAAAGGCAAAAGAGCUGAAAAAGCUCUUCCUCAACAACUGGUACGAAAGGCACGACACUUUUGAGAUCCUGGCAGAUCUUUACGAGGUGUUGGUGACAUGCCUGGAUGAGAUCAGCUAUGACACGUGCAGCCGGUGGAACUCGGAGAUAGCAACACAAGCCAGCAUGUUGUCAUCCGCCAUGCGAGACUUCGAGAUCAUUGUCUCUCUCAUGGUCUUGAAGAACGUCCUCUCUUACACACGGGCCUUCGGCAAAAACCUCCAGGCUCAGGCUUCGGACACCUACGCUGCCUCCAGCACUCUGACUGCCGUCCUCCACUCGUUGAACGAGAUGAGAGACAACAUUGAAGUGUACCACGAGUUCUGGCUGGAGGAAGCCACCAACCUGUCCCUCAAAAUGGGGAUCGAAUUGAAGUUGCCGUGGAGGUGCCGUAGGCAGCCCCAGAGUGGAGAGAUAUCUGACGAGACUCCAGAAAAUUACUACAAAGAAGCCAUCACCGCACCAUUUCUGGAUCACAUUAUUUUAGAAAUCGAGGACAUGUUCUCUGAGCAGCAGUUAAGGGCCCUCAAGUGCCUGUCAUUGGUGCCCUCUGUAAUGGCACAGCUCAAGUAUAACACGGGUGAGGAAAACAUGGCUGACUUGUAUAAAGACGAUCUCCCAAACCCUGAUACCCUUUCCGCGGAGUUGCACUGCUGGAAGAUCAAAUGGAAGCACCGCAGCCGAGAUGUCAAGCUGCCCAGCACUAUAUCUGAUACCCUUCGUCACCCAGACAUCAAGUUCUUUCCCAACGUCUACACUUUGCUGAAAAUCAUCUCCAACCUUCCCAUCAUUAAGCUGGAGACGGACAAGUGUGACAUUGGAAGGAGGCGACUCAAAGCCUACUUGAAAGUCACUCCAGUCGAGGAAAGAACCAGCAGCCUGGCACUGAUCCACAUUAAUUACGACACCAAACAUGAUUAUGACUUGAUGGUCGAUACCUAUGCGAAGCUGUACCCGGAGAAAAUGCAGUUGGCUCACAUGACAGAUUUGGAUAGCGUGGAAGUGAACAAUGGCGACGGGAGCCAGGUGGAAAUAAACAGUUUGGCCACGGACACCGGUCCACUGUAUGCUGUCGACGGUGACUGCAUUGAGGUGGCGAGUCACACCCUGGUGAGCGGGAUAGUGUUGCACCACCAGUCGUCGGGAACCAUCCUGGAGGCCUGCGAUGCAAGCAAGAAUGUCAUUGAGGUGGCCCAGCACGCGGAGGGGAGCACCGUGGAGCUUCAGCAGCUUCCCGUCGGCGGCACUAUGAUCCUCACCCAGCACCCGACGGAAGCCGGCGUGGAAUUGCAGCACCAUCCGCAGGAGGCUGGGCAGCCGGUGGGAAGCAGCGUCGAGGUCCUGCACCACAUGGGGGGUAGAGUGGUGGAGGUGAACGGUGUUGAGAUACAGGACGGCUCCGAGGUGAACGGCAUGGAACUGGAGCACCAGCCGGAGGUGGUGGUCGAGGUGAGCCACGACUCGGAGAUGAGGGCGGUGGAAUUUGAGGCGCCGCUGGAGGGAGGCACCGUGGAGCUGCCGCACCACGUGACCUUGCAGCACAUGCACGGAGGUACCGUGGAGUUGCAGCAUCACCCUGAAGGCAGCACGGUGGAGAUGCAUCAUCCUGAGACCAGUGCUGCAGAGUUGAGCCAACAUGCAGGAGAGAGCGUCAUGCAGGUGGACCAGUACCCCGAGCCCAGUACCGCAGAUUUGCAGCAACCUCUGGAGCCCAAUGCCAUAGAACUGCAACACCAACCAGAAGCCGUCACAACAGAGAUUUUGUGCCAUCCAGAGUCCGGACAGGGAGAUGUGCAGCACAGCCUGGAACCUGUGGCUGCAGAAGAGCAACAUCCUCUCGACCCAGGGGUGGCAAAGUUGCAGCCAGAUGACGCAGCCAUGCAUCAAUGCCCAGAGCCAGGAGUCUCAGAAAUCCAACCCCAGUCGGAAUCGGUCACCACAGAGAUGCACCAAGAUCCCGAGCCUCCUAGUGGAGAGAUCCAACACCAUCCUCAGCCCAUCGCCGUGGAAAUCCAGCACCCUUCAGAGGCAGUCAUUUCAGAGACACAGCUCCACUUGGAGUCUGCCAACCCUGAGAUACAGCAUUCGGAGCCCUGCGACAUAGUAAUUCCCAGCCACCCCAAGCCUGUGACCGCGACGAUACAGCACUAUCCUGAGCCCGUCGCUGAGGAAUCCAGUGCCUGCGUGGUCCAGAACAAUUCUGAGCCUGCCGCUUUGGAGUUACAGCAGCAUCCUGCGUGCGUGACAGCCCAGAUACACCAGCAUCCGGGGACCACUAUAGUGCUGAUCCAACACCACCCAGAGGCUACAGUCGCAGGGAUACAACACCACCCACUGAUGAUCCAGCAAAACCCUGCGCCUGGCGCUGCAGAGAUCGCAGACCAUUCGGACGCAGGUGCCAGUGACAUGCACCAGCACCCCGGACCUAACGUACUGGAGUUGCAGUCGCACCUGGCACCCGAUGUGGUGGACACGGUGGAAUUGGAGCACGACUCAGAUGCAGGGACUGUGGAGGUGGAGGUAGAGCACUGCACAGAGACAGUGGAAACACUCGCCCCACCAGUGGGCAGCACGGUGGAAGUUGACAGUGUGAGUGUUUGCACUCAGGAUGUUAGUGAUGAAGGAAUAAAGAUUUUGGAAGUUAAAAAUUCAGAAGAAAAUUCAGAAAUGAACAUUUCUAGUGUAAGUAAUGUAAAUAGUUCUGAAGUAGCUGUACAAUAAAAUGUUUCUGUGCUCCCUUUGAGUAAAUUUAAUAGUCUGCAUCUAAAUCUGUGACCAAGUCGGGUUGGGCAUGUUUAAAUGAUGACUCUUGCAUGGGUUUCUCAGAGAUGUUUAUUAUGAGGAGAGUAUGAUAAUUUUGGAGUGCUUUCAUUCAUUGUUAUAUUUACUUAACCUCCCUCUGCCUUACCCCCCACAUUAUCUUUAAGGCUUCCCUUUCCAUGCCAUGCCAUUCCGUCCACCUUCAAUUAUCUCUAAUUUUGAGCAUCGUUGCCCUGGGCCAAAAGAAAACGGAGAGAAUCUUGCCAAAGACGCAUCCAUGUGUGAAGCCUGACCUAGGAUAAUUUAAAAAGAUCACCGGGCGUUUUUUUUUAGCAACGGUCUCCACCGAGAUCGCCAUUGUUAAGUUUCUUUAAAAAGUUGGUAUGCAGGCGAAACAAUUGAACCUGACGCAUGAACAAUGUUUUUGUAUGUGUGAAAUACUCUAAGUGUGCAGCAUCUGUGCCUGGGUCUACCCACUCCUGGACGUUGAACUUGACUUGCCUUCGAGCCAUGGUGUGUGAGAGGGUAUGGCUGUGUGACAUUCCUCUGGUACUCUGCAUGAGCUUGUGCUACAAAUGACCAGAUCUCCACAUUGGGUUCUGAGCUGUGGUGCAAACAUUUUGUUACCAAGCUGAUCUUUCAUCUUUCCAAUCCCUGCUCCCUCCCCACUAUCAAUAGUUGAGCAGUGCAUAUGAUUCAACUAUUUUUCUGUCAUCGCUAAAUUUCAGUAUUGGAAGCCAAUCAGGGAAUUUUUAUUUUUCUCUCUGCAUGAGGUAUUCUAAAUAGUAAACUAUUAAUAAUCAUGUAUUUAGAAUACCUUGUGUAGGAACUGCAGAUGCUGGUUUACACCGAUUAUAGACACACAAUGCUGGAGUAACUCAGCAGAACAGACAGUAUCUCUGGAAAGAAGGAUUGGGUGACAUUUAGGGUCGAAUCUGAAGAAGGAUCUCAACCCGAAACAUCACCCAUUCAGAGAUGCUGACUGUCCCGCUGAGUUACUCCAGCGGUUUGUCUUGCUAUUAGUUUCAUUAAUAAUCUAGUUCACUUGUUUUGUUUUUUUUUUCCCAUACCUCUCAACACAUUCAGCCCAUUCUCGCGAUCAAGGUUAAAAGAUGAGAACCGGCUACUUAAUCUAGAUCCGUUUAACACCGGAGAAAAUACUGCAUUUAAAUCGAAUAGAUCACAUCUCAUGACCACCAAGAGUUACUAAUACUUUAAAUUAUUUGUUUUCCAUGAACUCCGUCUCUUGACUGAGGGGUGGCAAUGGGGAGAGAUGUGGAGAAACAUCGAUAAUCAUCUAUUCAUUGUGUUACUAUUCAUUGUGAUUUAAGAAGCUGGCUCAUUUAGGAGAGGGAGGAAUCUGCUGUUAACACUGAGGUAUUUUAAUUGAAGUUCAUACUGGGACAAAAACACCCCACCUGCUGAAAGAUUGAAUAAAAAAUAAUCACUGAGACAAAUACCCUUGGCUCCCUAUCUUAAAUAUAUAUGUGUAAGCAAUAUAUGUGCACAUCCUGCGCAUUUGUAAAAGUCUGGGGAGAGGGCGAGAACAACGGCACUUACUAACGUAAUAGUCAUAUUUUGAAAUUGCAGGUUAGUUAAUUAGAGUUUAAUUCAAUGAAAAAUGUUAUCUGGAAAAUUACCCUUUCCCUUUUUGUAAUUAAAAUAUAAUUCCAUCUGGGGAAGAUGUUACUGCUAUUUUAGUGGCCCAGUGAAUUAAAAUACAGGUCUGUCACCGAUUUUCUGGCAAAUGGUGAACCGACGCCUCCUUUAAUCCGGACGAAAUGUACGAGAGCUCACUUGGAAUCCCAUUCCAGAAGUCUCCCCCCCCUCCCAUAAAAGUAGCGUCUCGGCCGGUGAGGCGGCCAAUCUCAAACCUCGUUGGGACAUCCGCAGCCGAUCGACAGAACAAAUUUGCCUCCCACCCUCCCCGCGGCCGGGGCUCUGGAACUCCGUUCCCAUGACCGACUUCCGAGGCCGGACUUUGCUCCUCAGUGGCCCAGGCGGAAGGUUCCGGCACCGUUGGACUCCUCUCAGAAGCCGUGACCUCGGUUGGUCCGGUAAAACGGAUAACCCAGAAAGGCUCUGGAAUCAAGGGACCUGUGCUAAGUUUUCUUUGCGCUCUUUCAAUUAGCAAGUGCAGUGUGCAAUGUAGCCCAAUUUGCUCAUGGUUUGCAGAGUUGCGAUUGUAAUUAACUUCCUUGCUGAUCUGGCUAAGAAGAGGUAGUAGGUUUAGGGUUGGGAUGAAGGGGAAGGGUGGGAAUGGAAUUGGGCAGUCGACCUAUUCACAAUCUGUUGUAUACAUUGAGGUAGCAUGUGACUUGUAGUGAGCCCUUCUAGCUUAAAGCCCAUGGGUACACAUUAGGUAACACGUGGCCCGUUUGUUGAUAAUUACUGAUGCUUGUGGGAAUAAAUCACAGCAUAUAUUUGGAAAGAGUGAGGAGGGCAAAAAUAAAAGAUUAAUUUUACACCAAGCUGUAAUUUGAUCCUAUCUUUUUGGAGUAUAAAGUGAUCGGCACUUGUUCCUAUCUGAUGUCGCAUCUUCAGGCACCCUGGCAAUCUAAUAUCUACAUGUAGGGAUUUUUGGAGUAUUUUCCUAUUAAACCAGUUUGUUCUUUGCUGGGAAUUUGAGGGCGGAGAGCGAUGGAUUCAGCUAAAUUUCAAAUCUAUCAGGCUCAAGGAGCCACAAUGGAUGAUAUUUUUAGGUGUCCUUUUUGGGGAGUCCCUGUACCUGUUUUUUGUGUUGGAACCGAUUGGCAUAGACAAUAGUACCCAGUGCAGCAGUUAUGCCUGAAUUUUGUCCUUAGAAACCAGGAACUUCAGAUGAGUAAUAUCAAAGCAAAAGACUGGAUUAACUCAGCAGGUCAGGCAGCACCUCUGGAGAAAAGGAAUAUGUUAUGUUUUGGGUUGGAACCCCUCUUCAGACUUUAUUAAAGUCCAGUCUGAAGAAGAUUUCUGGCCCACAACAUCACCUAUUCCUUUUCUCCAGAGUUGCUGCUGCCUGACCUGCUGAGUUGCUCCAGCAAUUUAUGACUAUCUUCGCUAUCAACCAGCAUCUGCAGUUCCUUCCUACAUAACUUAAUAUGCUGGGACCCUUCUUAAAGUCCAGACCCAAAACAUCACCUGUCCACAUUCUCCAGGGAUGAUCAGCUGAGUUACUCCAGCAUUUUGUGUCCUUCCUUGAAUUUAAUCUUGUUUGAACAUGGUGCAUGUUCACCUUCGUAUUAAAUGCCUGGCUGGCUCCCUUUUCUGAACAUUUCAGUGGCUACUAGUUCAAGUAGCCGAGGAAGGAACAAAUGUUAAACCUGGGACCAAAUAUUGCUUUGUGCUGUGUAAGAAGGAACUGCAGAUGCUGGUUUAAACCGACGAUAGACUCAAAAAGCUGGAAUAACCAGGGGGGCAGGCAACAUCUCUGGAGAGGAGGAAUGGUAACGUUUUGGGUUGAGACCCAUCUUCAGACGUCUGAGUUACUCCAGCUUUUUGUGUCUAUUGCUUUGUGCUGUUCACUUAUAGGCCAGGCCACAAGAGGGAGCUCUCUUUCAUGUUCCUGGUGUCCUGGAGAAUUUAAUGACAACUCGAUGAACAUUGGCCUUUUGAUGUGUUUUUCAGUAGGUUGGUUGAUUCUUACAUUCCACUCCGAUUUAUAUGGUGUAAUUUAUUAACCUGUUUCUGUCAUAUAAAACUUCACUUCAUGAGUGGGUUGUGUAUAUUUAAUGCACCGUUGCAGAAAGGUGUUCCAUUUUUUAUGUUCAAGGGCUAUGAAGCUUUAAUUAAUCAGUCCCUUGUCACAAAUGCAGUUGUUUUAUAGCUACUUGCUUUCCUAUCAACUGAUAAUUGUGUUAGAAAUCCAUUUCUGUGAAAUAUUUGUCGAUCCCCGAGUUUAACUUUUGGAGUGUUUCGAAAGACUGCCUUUUAUCAGUGUCAAAUUUGUAUUGUGUCGGUGUGUGUGUGUGUGU